AUGAGUAGCUCUUCAGAAUCAAGAGGUAAUUCUAAUAAGCCCAGGUCGUUAUCCACAUCACCGACAUCUAUUGGACCUAGUAGCUCCCCUCUCAAGUGUAGCACCCCUCCCACGUGUAGCUCGCCUCCCAUGAGUAGCCCUCGCAUCCCGUCACGCGCAAAGACUGUUGCCAAUAAUUCUGCCCCUCACGUUGAUGAGUUUAGCACUCCAAAUCCAAUGCAGAGCUUGGGUAACGGCGGUCAUCGCAAGCGCCCCAUCACGUAUGGCUUAGUUCAAGGUGGCCUCCAAUAUGAGGAUUGCAACCCACCUACAAAGAAAUUCAAGAAUCUCCAAACUACGUGGAACACUCCUGCGCCCUCACCAGAAGCUACAAAUUAUCUCAACGAACGCAAGCUCGAACUAUCGCGCAUCACUCGCCGGGCUAUAGCCGCGAGAAUGCGAUAUCAACGCCUUCGCUGCCGCGAACUAGAUCUCAUAAGAGCUAUCCUUGAAGGUGAAGAAGACUUGUCCCAAACAGAGAUGAAGGGGAUUGACGCUCAAAUUGGUGCUAUCCGCAACAUCCUCGAGGAUGCAGGAGUUACGGCGAUAGGAAACAAAGGUUCUCUUCAGAUGAGUCGGAUAAACCUGGGGCAGCUCCAUUGGUAUCUGGAUCUCUUUGCAGUUCAACCUGUUUCCUCGACGAUCAGGACGCGUAUGUUGAAUGGUGCAAGUUCCACGGCAAGUGUUUCACCCAUUACUGUAGUAUCCUCAGUCAAUGAACAAACAAGUCGAGUCAAGCCCCUCUUCAAGGUUAAGACCACUGUUAUUAUCCCGUCAUCAUUCUGCUUGACCGAUAAAUGUUACACUAUAUCGACCAUUCACGUUAACGUUAUGGAGUCCUGGAUGCCGCAUCAAAGGCCUGAGCGUUUUCAACCAAACGAAAUUUUCGGAGAUCCGGGGGAGAUCACAGUCUUAUCAUCGAGUCACAAUGAAGGGCAGCCAAGUUUUUGUUUACAACUCAAUAUUGAUGUACUGGUAUCCCGCUAUUUAAUUCGCCUCCCUCGAAUUCUCCCUUACUCCAAAUCCAAGCCCACCAUCAUGUCGUUUCGUACUUUCCCAUACGACUCAAAUGAUCCCUCCAGUUGCACCAGGCGGCGUACUAGUGGUCGUGACGCACACUCCGACUCCGCAUCGUUGGCGUCGACGAGCUUGAUAUCGGCUGACACGACCAGUAAUAUGGGCCCGGGUGACACGGAGGGAAAGCGGUUCAAUGAGCACAGUCCAACUGAACAAGUCGCCCUCGCAUGGGCGAAAAGGCGCAUCAUUCUCAACUCCGUUACGACCACAGGCUGGUUACGAAACAUCACCCCAGAAGAAAAAAAGGUCACGAACGGCUACAUCAUCGAGCUCGUUAACCAGGCCAACACAAAGUUUGGAUGUGAAUUGGAGGCGUCCCCGAGGGUAAUAGAAAGCAUUCUAAAGGCCCUCUUGCUCAAUCGUCGACAACUCUCGAAAAUUUCGGAGUAUCUCGCCAAUCCCUACGACAUCGAACCGCCAUCAGAGUUCAACUUGUCGGAACAGGACCGCCAAGCUUUCAUGGAUGACCGCGAAAACGAGUUAUUAGACUCAGCCUCGCCCUUCACCUAUUACCUUCAUGGUCAGGAAGUCACUGAUAUGUCUGUUUUCAUCCUUCUGUUCGCAAACCCCGUGGUGGAACACGUGCACAUAUCACACUGGUACGCUAGCAAAAGCACGCCACUCCGAGAUGAGGACAUGAGAAGCGAGAUCAAAACUACUCCGUCUCAGAUGUUAGCAGAAUCGGCGGUCUCGGUGAGGUUAGCAAUCCGACACACUGCAAGGGGAAAAAAGUCACCAACAGGCGCCUCCCUCCAAUUCAAGACAGAUCCAUACGCCGAUGAGCAGGACGCAAUCAAUGAAGCAAUAUUGAAGGCAUUAAAGUCUCCCAUCCAUGGGGCUGCGCUGGAAGCACGUUUGCUAUAUCUUCACCACCGAGGCAUGUUUGCUCUCCGUGGCUCACUGGGCCUGGAUCCGCCCGAAAAUGCGAUCGGUUUAACGGAGGAAGAUUCGCAAAUAGUACACGAGGCACGACAAUACGCACGGGCCACUGGCCUGCUGUUCCCCCAAGUCAGUCGAGAUUUGGUGAUGGCGGGGUCACACGGGCGUCUGAUGCCAGACUACUCCAAAUCUGUUUACGUUCCUGAUUCCAUCGAGGAGCUGAUCUUUCCGCGGGCUGAUAUCGCCCCACCUUCGACUGUGCACCCGCAAAUGUCGGCAGCAGUCACGGUGGACUCAGGCUUGUCUGAGGCUGUUGUCCCAUCUUCUAGCACAGACUUUAGUAUGCCAGUGCCGUCCGAGUCGGCGUAUGUUGAACUACCGUAUAAUUUUGGUGACGACUUCUUUGAUUUUCCCCAGACAUACCCAUUAAAUGUUGAACCUGAUCAGUACCUAACAGGAGGGUUCAUGGGCGGACUCGGAGGGUACUACCAUGACGUGCCAUGA